AUGGUUGUGCGUGAGCUGCCCGAUGACUCGGCUUUCGGGCAGUUUCUCGCCGAUGCGGGCACCAGGCUGAUGGUGGUGGAUUUCUACGCCGAAUGGUGCGGUCCGUGUCGCAUGAUAGCACCGCAUGUGCACAAUCUCUCGGAGAAGUACCAGCAGGUGGUGUUCAUCAAAGUUAACGUGGAAAUAUGUCGACAAACCAGUGCGCAGUUCCAAAUCCGUGCCAUGCCCACUUUCGUUUUGCUGAGCAAUGGCCAGGAAUUGGACCGACUGUUGGGCGCCAAUGUGGAAAUGCUGGAAGCCAAGAUUGUGCAGCAACUCAACCAAUUCACUGUUAUAACGCCACACGAAAAUGCAUUCCUACAACAGUUUGUUAGCUACGCAGAAAAAAUGGCGCUUUAUGAAGACGAUGUGGCACAGACACUUGCACGAAGUCUUCUGCCGUACGACAAGCUACCGGUGGCGAAUGAUGUGAAUGAAAAAACGAAUGAAUUUGAGCUCGCAAAAUGGCUAUUAAAUUGGUUCAAGACGGAAUUUUUCAAGUGGGUGGACGCACUGAAAUGCGAAUCAUGCAAGCAAGAUAUGGACAAAUGCGAAGGUUGCAGUUUCGAGGUCUCGUUUCGGCAAAUGCCCCUUACUGCGCAAAAUAAUGCUAGAAAUAGGACAGCGAGAAUACUAAUAUGGCAUUUCAUUCAGAAAGCAAACUAA